UCGUGUCUCAACCGCCGUGCACGCAACACCACACACACACACGCCUCCCGCGCCGCACGUAACUCAGCCACGCACGCACGCACGCACGCACGCACCCCACCGCAGCCUCCGGAGCCUUGAGAAGUUCCGUGAGAUAACCAAAAGCAUCCCGACAGCAUCAUCACUACUACUACUACCCCCAUCACAGCAUAUACUUGUGGGGGUGUACAAGUAUGUGUGUGUGAAAGAAAUCUACACACCCACCCACACCCACACACACACACACACACACACACUUUCAAACACACACAUACACACACAUGGAUACUUACACAGACCUCCAUCCCCGUGUUUGCAUUUCUCCAGGUGGAUUCUGGACCUGAUUAACACCUGGAGAUCCCGAAAGUUACCUGAGGUCUCCCGCAGUCACCUGCCCCCAGUGCUCACCUGCAGAAAAGAGCACCUUCACUCCUCUCCCAUUCCUCCCCCCACCCUCUCUCGGCGCCGUCGUGGCUUUCCCUUUCACUGGAGUGGGAGGAACAAAAGAGUGGAGGGAGAAAAAGGUGGGCUUGUCAAGGAGAGAAAUACCACUCAAGAGGAAGACUUCAAGGAAAUAAACACGAGAGGUACGUUUAUCUCCUCCUCUUCCCCUCCGUCUCUCCACAAUUCUUUUCUCCCUAUCUGUCUCUCUUCACUGGGUCGAGGAACAUAUGACUAUUCAUUUGUUUUUGUCUCCCCCUUCAUCAAAAAGUAGAGCACGAGUCAUAAGAAAAAAGAGAAUUCAUUUAAGAACGAAAGGAAAAUAAGAAGACAAAGAUAGCUAAGAGGAGAAAAAGAGAAGACUAACGUUCAUCUCUUUUAUGAAUUAGAAAAGUGGAAAAAGACAAUUAGAGGAGACAGACGGACAAAAAAAAAAACAUCUCAUCUAUCUCUUUACUGACAAAACGAACCAGAAACCUAAAAAGGAGACGGAGUAAGCAAAGGAAGAAUAAUAGCAAGAACUCAAGGAAGAAUACGAAUAAAAAAGUAAAGAAGAAAACAAGAGGUAAAGAAGGGCGGAAAAAAAUCACCUAAGUCUUUACUGACUAAACAAAAGAACAAAAAUUUACGACUGAAAGAAGAACAAUAAAAAAAAAAAAGUGAAGAACAACAGGAGCUUUUACUAGCUAAACAAAACAGGGAAACUACAAGACAUCGUAAACAAAGGAAUAAAAACUAAAAGAACACUAACAAGAAAAAAAGAAGAGGAGCUAAAGUGAGGGUCUUCAUGUCAUCAGCAGCAGCGUGUCACAGAGGGCAUGGCUACCACCACCACGAAGCUGCAACAUAUUCAAGCGGCGAGCGUGUGUGUGCGUGUUCGCGUCAUUAGUAAACACCCUUCCAGCAGCGCCAGUAGCAUUGUGUCCGUGUAGUGGUGUAUUGUGAGGCGAUGCGGACAUGCGGACGGCCAGAAAGAGCAGCGGCAGCACCCCCCUCUCCGACCCCCUACAGACUACAGGCCGUGUGUGGUGUGCGUGUGUUGGGCAUGCUGGAAACCCUCCCUACGCCUACCGAGGUUAUUUAAAGCACCGUGAUACAAGCUGAAAAAAUCACGCAGACUUUUAACGUGUAUACAGAGUACAGAACAGAAAAUUUCUUUAUCAUCUUGAAGGGAGAGAAACGGAACACAGAGCUAAAGGGAAAACAAAUGCAGUGGGUUUGAAACAUAUUAAAUAAAAGAGCGGAGUAACAGUAAACAAAAAAAAAUACAAGUAAGAAAAAAAAGGAAGACAGAAAGGGGAAGAAGAAAAAACAUGGCCAAGAAAAAAACAUAGAAACAUUUAAAACAUAACAAAAGAAAUACAGGAAAGAAAUAUCUGUAAAAAAAGACAACCAAGAACCGAAAGAAAAGACGGAAAAAAAGGGAGGCAAACAAAAGCAGAUAAAAAAGGAGGGUAAAUAAAACUGGACAACAAGAAAGAAAGAAAAAGAACGCAAUAUAAUCAAAUCACAUAAACAAAACUUAUGAGAGGAGAAUUUCAGAAAACAAGGAAAACAAAACACACUGGAUAACAAAGAGAAAAAAAACUGAUAAGACGAAUGAAAACAACGCAAAAUAAUUAAACAACAAACAAAAAUAAAAAGAGAAAAUAAAGAAAGCAGAAACUAAAAUACUCUGAACCACAAAGGAAAUAGAAAAAAACACGAAUUACUAAACUGAAGGACAUUUUGGGCACUAGGAAGUCAUCAACCUCCAACCUUCUUCAGAGCAUCACUCGACGGGCACCCGAGUCACUGCCGUCAACCAGUCUUCUCUGCUUCUCCACGCUGUUGGUGAACGGAGGAGCAGGAGAAAGAAGACUAAGAAGAAAGGAAAGAGGAUAAGAUAAUAAUAACAAUAAGAGGAGAAAGAAUCAGAAAGUAAAAGUGAUCAAAAAGAGAGGAAACAGAAGGGUCGCUUUCAACCGGCAAGAACCAUCCAGACUGCUACUACUACUACUACUACUACUACUACUACUACUACUACUACUACUACCACCACCACCACCACUACCUCCAAAACCACAACUACAAUAUCAACUACGACAAUCAGCAGCAUGGUAUAAUAAUUUCUUACUAUAAAUAUUUUUGUCGCCUUUUUUUGGUUUGUAGGUGAAGAGUAAUCUUGAAGACAUUCAUAACAAAAGAAAAUAUUAUCGUAUACCCAUUACUGUGACAUUCUUCUUUGGUGUGUCUUCAUAUUUCCCAUUUUUACCGGACUGGACCUUGUACUUAUAUGGGAAACUGAAGUAUAUAUAUUUUCUCCCGAUUUCUUUUGUCGUGAAUGCAUUGAGGUGGGUGUGGUUGUGAGGGAGCGUGUGAGUGCGUGAGCGUGUCGUAAAUGAUUAUAAAUAUUUUGUUUGAUACAAGUUAAUUUAUAUUUAAAUAAGAACAUAUAAACACGUGUGCAAAAGUAUAGCGUGUGUGUGUGUGUGUGUGUGUGUUCCCUUUGAUUCCGUGGUCUCGUGUUGGUAAUAAAAAAUCAUAUAAAGAAUUCUCUCACUCUCUCUCUCUCUCUCUCUCUCUCUCUCUCUCUCUCACCCCUUGCUCCUUCAAGAUGUCGUUCCUACUUCACUUCAGUAACUACCUAAUUGGGGGAAAUGUGCCAAUUGAUGAUGGGGUGGACAAACUCAACCGCAAAUACACCAUCCUCAUCCUCAUCUGCUUGUCGCUACCUCUCGUCACCAAGCAGUUCGCCGGUGACCCUAUCGAGUGCUUCACGCCUACCUACUUCACGGAGCCCCAGUCCAGAUAUGUGAACUCGUAUUGUUGGACAGCGAGUACCUAUUACAUAAUCCCUAUAGAUGAAACAGCGAGGGAACAAGUGACACGGGUGCAUAGUGUGAAUUUUGACGAUGAAGGGGGGUCCACUUCGAUCAAAGGAGAGAGGAUUAAAGUGAAUUACUACCAGUGGGCGCCUAUUAUCUUACUGGUGGAGGCUGGGUUGUUCUACGUCCCCUUUGCCAUCUGGAACUCUACAGCCAAGAACUCCGGUAUCAAAGUCGGAAGGCUGCUGAAAAAGGUGUCAGUGAUCUCGCAGUAUACGCCGGGGCACCCAGAUCGAGACGCCCUCAUUGCGGAGUUUCUAGACCAGUUUAACACACUCAUGGGGGUGUCCAAGUGUUGUCCGGGGACGGUGUGUAAGUUCGACUGUAACCUGGCGUGUGGCGGCAACCCCUCGUCGUCCUUGUUCAUCCUGUACAUGGUGGUAAAGAUCAUGUACGUGUUCAACAUCCUGAUGCAGUACUUCCUCCUGACGGUGUUUCUGGGCAAGGGGUACCUAUUCCACGGCAUCGAGGUGGUGGAGAAGCUCAUCAACAAGAAGGAGUGGUGGACGUCGCCCCGCUUCCCGCUGCAGACGCUAUGCCAGGUGUUAGCGGCCCAGCAGGGGUCUCUCCGCACGUACACCUGCCAGUGCGUGCUGCCCAUCAACCUGUUCAACGAGAAGAUCUUUUCGUUCAUCUGGUUCUUCUUCGCCAUUUUGCUGCCCGUCACCAUCUACAGUGCCCUCAUCUGGGUGUGGCGCACCUUCACCUGUUCUCGCAUCGCCUUCGUGCACUACUACCUGUGGAGGACGCGGCGUGUCGGCAAGGAGGACCUGUACAACAACGCACGCAAAAUGGCCGUGCAGUACCUGGGGUGGGACGGGUGUCUGGUGCUGCGUCUGAUUGAGAUGAACCACGGCGGGACCAUCCUCACCAUCCUGACUGAACGCCUCUGGGAGUUCUACGAGGGCAUGGAGCGUGCCCAGCAGGACGGUGGGGACCCCGAGGCAUACCUCAAUCAGAGGCCGCCCAUCUUCGCCUGCGGACCCUACCCUCCCCCGGGCCCUAGCACCGUCACGCCCACCCCCACAGGCCCCUACGGGUUCUAUGGGAAGCACUUCCUUCCUGGCACACCCGGGGCCUAUCCUGGGUACAUGUGGAAUCACCAGGACAUGGCUACCCCGGGCUACUCCUCCUACCCACGGAUAAGGGGCAAGAUUAGGUAACAUGAACCCCCACCCUACCCUCGCUGGCCUUAAUAAGUGAUUCAAGCCCCCUCCCCUCUUCCCCCAAACUCCACCUCCUCCACCUAUCUCUCGCAGGCUACCACAUCUAAAAACUAAUCAGGGGUGUGACUAGGCAAGUCCUCCCACCCCCCUCCGCUUUCCCCACUGUCCAUGCAUCAGGAGGAUCAGGAUUAACGCCCCAUUCUUUCCCCCUCCCCCCCUUCCCCCUCCUAUCGUCCACGGAUCAAGGGCAGGAUAAGUAAACGCUCAGCCCCCUUCUGUAACCCUUCCCUCAUCUGCCCUAUAUUCUCGGACAGGUACAAUCUAAGCCAUCAGCACUAAGAUACUCCACGCUGGCGCCCACAUCACACCCACAAAAAACGAAGAGAAAAAACGAAAAGUAGCCCCGAUCCAUUUCUUCCAUAACAACCUUUUUUCCAAACUGUUUUGGUUCACUUCCCUCUAAACACCCCUCAAAAAAUUACCCUCAAGCUUAAAAGAAACAUUAUUAUUAAAGACCCCAACCACCUGACACCCACCCGCCCGACCACGCCCCAUUAAAAAUCAAAUUCCCCAUUCCCUAAUUAAACAUUUUGUCUACCUUUGUUUAUACCUGAUCUGGGUCGAGAUAGGGCAGAAGAGGAGGAGGGGGGAGAAGAGGAGGAGGAGGGAGAAGAGGAAGAGGAGGGAGAAGGGGGGAAAUGAAGGCAUAGGAGGGUGGGGAAGAGGUGGAGGGGGUGAGUUGGGAGUUAGGAAGAGGAUGAGAUAAAGGGAAGAGAUAAGGAGGAGGACAGUAUAGGAGAUAGAUGGAGGAGGAUGGAAAGAGGUGAUGAGAGAGGAGGAAGAGAAGGGAAGGGCGGGGAAGAAAGGGGAAUUAAGAGGAGGAGACCCAAACUAUGGCCAUGUUCUGGUGAUGUGCUCCUCUAACCCCCCUAACCAUCAACACCACCACCACCACCACCACCACGUAGAACCUUUAGAGAACAAUCGUAGAACCUUUAGAGAACAAUCAAGGCAGACAAAACAGUAAUAGUAACAAUAGUCUAGUAAAAAAACAUACAUAGCCAUCGAAAACACAUGUAACAAUAGCAACAGUGACUAACGCACAUACAUACACACAUACACACAAAAAAUACACAUACGUACACACCAUAAUAGUAGUGUUGUCUUUUGUCUGCCUUAGCCGGUGUGUGUGUGUGUGUGUGUGUGUGUGUGUGUGUGUGUGUGUGUGUGUGUGUGUGUGUGUGUGUACAUAUUGCUGUAUUAUAAGUAGUUCUAAUAUUAAGGAAGUUUACAUUAGCGGUAUUUAAAGUCAGCCAUGUUUCCGGGUUGCAAAGCAGUCGUAAAGAAAGAGAUGAAUAGUCUUAAUAUUUCUGCAUAUAGAUAGAUAGAUCCGCCUUGUGUAGUGGUGAUGGUAUUAGUCUGUCUUUCUGUUUGGCAAAUAGUGACGUCUGUUGAAGCUUGUUUGUCUGUGAAGGGUUGUGUGGUUGUCUUGUUACAGCUUAUCGUUAUCAUUAGUUAUCAUUAUUUAGUAUUAUUAUGGUCUGAACAGACUGUUUGAAAGCUACGUUAAUUAUAGUUGCUCCUUGUUUUUUUAAUAAAUUUCCUUUCACAAUUAUAUAUCUUAUUUUUUCUUUGGUUUCUAAUUUUACAUGCAUUUUAGUUUUAGAUGCAUGAACUUUUUACCUAGUUUAGGAAUCUAUUAAUUUUCGUUGCUGCAUGUCAGUUUGUUUUUAUUAUCAUUAUUACCAUUAUUAUUAUCAUUACUAUUACAAUUAUUAUUAUUAUUAUUAUUAUUAUUAUUUAUUAUUGUUAUUAUUAUUAUUAUUAUUAUUUUUAUUAUUAUCAUCAUUAUUAUUAUUGUUAUUAUCAUAGUUUACAAUGUCUCUAAAUACAGAAUCGUGGCGUUUGCUGUCUGUACAUUGCAUUAUAGUGAAGUGAAACGUGUAUGUACCAUAUUUCUGUAUAGUGUGUGUGUGUGUGUGUGUGUGUGUGUGUGUGUGUGUGUGCCCUGACCUAUACUCAUCCCUUCUUGCACAUACUUAUCCCUACUCAGUCUUCACUCCUUUCCCCCUUCACCCUCUUUGCCCUUCCCAGCACCUAUCACCCACUCAACCCCUUAAACCUACCCUAUCGAAACAAGCUCCUUCCCCUUACUCUCUCACAUCAACCCAUUCCCCCUAGUCUUAAGAUUACCCUUAAAGCAAGCCACGGUAAACAGGUUUAAGGUUGAAAAAAUGAGUAACAAGAGGGAGAAAAGGAAAACUGACAAGCCAGCCAAUCCCUUAAACAUAUACGUACACAUACACAAAAACAGAAUCCAUUAGAAGGAGAAUGAAAGAAAGAAGCUUGCUAUAGUAACACUUAUAAUGACACGUUUUCUAUGACACCUCCACUGAAAAGGAAAAUAGGGCACGUCUUGCGAAAUGCAGCACAGAUUAUUCUAUAUGUAUUUGAAGAUGCACGCAGGUGUCAAUAUGAAAACAAAAGAAACGUGAAAUGGAGAUGACUAAUUUCUAAGCUUGCGUGUAUACAGUUGAAGAAAAAUAUAAUAGACAGAUCGAUUAGAAGUAAAAACCAUGUACGGUUUUAGUUACCUAUCUAUUUUUGCUUUCUUCUAAUUAUCAUUUUGCAUUAAUUAUUUGUAUGAAAGCAUUUUGUCAAGUUUGUUUUCAGUUUCCUAUCAUUUGAAAGGCAUUUGCACGUGCCCUGACACCACUUUCCAUCCUCACCUGCACGUUCAUUAGGGUGGCAUGUUACUAAGUGGGCUCACCUAAGCUCGUCUGUACACCAGUCUCAAAAAGGUACACUAAGAGAACUAAUAAAAUAGAUAUAGGCCUAGCUAUAUACCAGAGCGGGAUUCAGUGAUUAUAGACGCAUAUAUAAAUGUAAGAAGGUAUAGAACAUAUCAAAAUGUAAAUACAUGCUUCCAUUUAAAAUUUCGUAAAAGAAAACGGGUUUGACAAGUCAUAGUAUUGUUGUACCUUUUUGCCACGCUGUACACACCGAUUCUAUUUUUUUUUUUUUCGUUUUCUUUGUCUAUAAAUUUGCUUGCACUAUUCUGUUUGCAUACGUAACCCUCCACACAAUUGACUGCCACCCUCCAAUCUCCCACAUACUUCACAUGCACAUACAGCUGUUAAUCACAACAAACAUACCAGCCUGCCAUAUACGUUAUCAAAUGCCAUCACACACAUGCCGUUACACACACACACACACACACACACACACACACACACACACACACACACACACACACACACACACGACUGUCUCCCCUCUCCCCUUCCCCCAAACAGACCCCUUGACACCCAUCACAUAUACUCGCCCCCUUACGUUCAUACCCCCCUCCCCCUACCCACUUGUCUGGCAGUAUUCGCCCCCCCCCCUUUUUUCAGCCCCCCCCCCCUUUUUGCCGUGGCUUCGUCCCCCCCAACUUAGUAUUACCCCUGGCUGUAUUUCCCUCUCGCCCCCUUCCCCCACCACUACCACUGCUUACCCUUCUAAAGUGCUCCCGUAAAACCCGUUGGAGGAUCGAAUGAUAAAAGUAAUGAUUAAUAUGAUAAAGAUACUAGUAAUGAUGAAUUCAAUAUUGAUAAAUGAAGAAUGAGCAUCAUGUUAAAUCUAUAGCGUAAAAGAAAAUCUGAAGUUUGAGCUAUAAAAAACUGCAGAUCAUCAUAUUAAUAAGUAAUAAAAAAGAUAAAGAUGGUAAUGAUAAUGUAAAAAAAUGUUAAAUGAAUAUGAUGAUGAUGAUGAUAAUAAUAACAAUAACAAUAAUAAUAAUAAUAAUAAUAAUAAUAAUAAUAAUAAUAAUAAUAAUAAUAAUAAUAAUAAUAAAUAAAUAAAUAAAUAAAUAAUAAAAAAAAGAUGCGAAAACAUGGUGAAGACAAAAAUAAAAAGACAAUAAAACAAACAAAACAAAGAGUGACAGAUCCACAUGAGAGGCACCGUUGAUGAUGUUAGUGAUGCUGCUGCUGCAAACGACCAUAAUUAUUUCCAUUAUUAUUAUGACAGAUGAUUAGGCCGCCUACAAUUAUCUCGUUUCCGCCUUGCUUGGUUAUCUGCUUGUUUGCUUCUUUGCGUCUUGUUUAUUUGUUUCCUUGUUUCACUGGAUGAGCGAUAGACUAACGUCGUGGAAGUGGUAACAAAACGGAUAGGGCGAGAAAACAAGGCUAUGGUGUGGGGUUCGAUACCCUUCGCCGUCGUUGCUGUUGACAUGGGUAGUUUUUCGUUGUUUGUAUUCUGUCGUUGUCGUCGUCGUCGUUGUUGUUGUUGUUCAUAUUUCAGGUUCGACUACGGUAUUUUGCUUUAACUACUACUACGAGAGAGAGAGAGAGAGAGAGAGAGAGAGAGAGAGAGAGAGAGAGAGAGAGAGAGAGAAUAGAAAUUACAAUAAAACAAAAUAAUAUUCCUAAGUAAUGUAUAUAAAUGAUCAUAAAUGCGUCACUGUGUAAUCCUUUGUUUAAGUAAAUCUUGCACAAACUAAAAAAAGAAUAAAUAAAACAAAAUUAAUCUCUCUCUCUCUCUCUCUCUCUCUCUCUCUCUCUCUCUCUCUCUCUCUCUCUCUCUUGAUGUUAUAUGCAGAGAAAAAAAAAUUGAGGGAGAGGAAGAUGCAGAGGAGGAGGAGGAGGA